AUAUGAGCACAUCCAAUCUCGAUAAUCUGAAAGCUGCAUCUAACUUAGGUGAUAUAGAUCUUCUUUACACAGUAAUUCAGGAUGAUCCAUCCAUUUUGGAUAAUAUUGAUUCAAUACAAUUUGUCGAAACUCCCUUGCAUAUCGCGGCAUCUAGGGGUCAUAUCCAGUUUUCCAUUGAAGUAAUGAACUUGAAACCUUCGUUUGCUUGGAAGCUAAAUCCACAAGGAUUCAGCCCUAUUCACCUUGCUAUGCAAAACGGCGAAAAAAGGAUGGUGUCUCGGCUUGUUGACAUGAAUAAAGAUCUUGUUAGAGUUAAAGGAAGAGAAGGGUUUACUCCUCUUCAUUUUGCAAGUCAAAUAGGAGAGGUUGCAAUUUUAACUGAAUUCCUCUCUGCUUGUCCGGAAUCCAUUGAAGAUGUGACUGUGAGAGGUGAGACUGCACUUCAUGUUGCGGUGAAAAGCAACAACUAUGAGGCUUUUCAUCUACUUGUUACGUUUCUUAGGACGAGUAUGGAGAGAGGGGCUAGGAAGUUAGAAUAUAAAAUACUGAAUCGGAAGGAUGAGGUUGACAAUACUAUUUUGCACAUUUUAGUGCAGAGGAAUUUCGAGCCCCAGGUAAAAGAUGCCCUUGGAUUGUUGUUAAAGACUAAGAUAAAUAUUCAGGCAAAGAACAUGGACACCAAAACUGCAUUCGACAUGUCAGCCAAUGUAGACAUUAGGAGUAUUUUGUUGUGUGCUGGAGCGAAACCCGGCUUACCAGUUUCCAACAUUCCCACACAUGGUCAUAAACCAAGAUCAAAGACCGCGAUUAUUGAUAACGGGUUAAUUUGGAUACGUAGCAUUAGAAGAGAUAUAUCAGAGGAUCAACGUAACACUUGGUUAAUAGUUGUAACUCUUGUUGCAACUGCAACCUAUCAAUCCGCACUGAGUCCUCCUGGUGGAGUUUAUCAGGCUAAUGCUACGGACAAUACUGUCAACACUUUCUCCAAUUCUACUAAUGCUGGAAAAUCAGUAUUGUCAAGAAAUGGUUUCAUUGUGUUUUCAUUAGCGAAUAUGGUAUCCUUUUUUGCGUCAAUUAUAGCAAUAUUCAUUCUGACACCAAGUGGGCUAGUCGGCGCUCUGGUGUUUGUUCCAGUGGGCUGGUUUGUUGUUUGUUAUCUGUUUUCUAUGGGGAAGAUAUCACCUACAUGUACCAACUCUAUUAUUGUUAACAUUGCUAUGUUUUCGAUUGGAUUUCUUGCGUUUUGUUCUGCUAUUAUAGUGUACUUUCGACUUCAACAGGAACGCAAUGCAAAGAAGAAGAGUAGAUCAUAGUUAUGAUAAACCUCUGGUUUGUAAUAUGAGAAACACCAAUAAGUUUUGGUUUUGUCAGUUGGACAAAGAUCGUACAAUUGUUAGUGAAAUUGAUAAAUCAUACCACUGCCAGCCGAGUUUAUAGACAACACAAUUUCUUCCUC